AUGGAAGAAAAUAGAGAGCGUGCAUAUAAGGCUGUUGCCUAUUCGGCUGUUACUUUCUCUUUAAUAUCUAUUUUAUCCGUAUGCAUUACUAUGCCGAUAGUUUACAAUUUUGUUGACCAUGUACAGCAGCAAACCAAAAAAGAUCUCCAAUUUUGUAAAUCAUCAGCAAGAGAUAUUAUGUCAGAAGUUACCAAAAAGCAACCGGUAUCUAUUGCCGCUAGCGCUUUGAAUAGGACCCGCCGUCAAGUUGGAUCGUGUGAUAACUGUUGCAUACCAGGGCAUCCUGGACGACCAGGACCGCCAGGUUCCAAUGGUAAGCCAGGAACGCCAGGACCGCCUGGGCAACCAGGAGCACCUGGACGGCCACCAGUGGUAUGUGAGGAACCCGAAAUACCUCCAUGCAAUCCAUGUCCUCCAGGUCAGCCAGGACCACCAGGACCUAAUGGCAUUCCAGGCAAUUCAGGCAGACCGGGACCUCCAGGCAGGCCGGGAAAUAACGGUCGCCCUGGACAACCAGGCCCAGUUGGCCCGCCUGGCCAGCCAGGCCAGCCAGGAAAUGAUGGGGAACGAGGAGAACCAGGAAGACCAGCACCUAGUUCGCCAAGCAUCCCUGGAGAUCCUGGACAACAAGGAGAACCUGGACCACCUGGAUUACCUGGGCCAGAUGGAAGUCCAGGACGAGAUGGGCAGCCAGGAAGCCCAGGGCCCAACGGUCCACCAGGGCCACCUGGUCCAGCAGGAAAUAGUGGGGAAAAUGGAGAACCGGGACCACCUGGUCAUCCAGGUCCACAAGGAGAAAGAGGUAUCUGCCCGAAAUAUUGCGCGCUUGAUGGUGGUGUAUUCUUUGAAGAUGGUACACGCAGAUAA